UCUGUUCUAGGCAUGCAGAGUGUGAACGAAGACCAGACAUUGAUUCAACAUAGUGUGGAGCUCUAACCUAAAGUACAGAUUAAAAUAUUUGCAGGUUUUCAUGAUGAUACCUUUAUUGUAUAUUUCAGGGAUUGGUUACGGGUUCUUCAUUAUGAAACUUUAUGACUUCAGCUACAUUUUAGUCCAAGUCUGGGCGCUCUUUAACCUGGUGUUUUUAGUCAGAUCCCAGCUCCCCUGGUCUAGCUGUGACAACACCUGGAACACAGUUUACUGUCUCGGCCUUCGGUCCUUCAAUUCAUUUAAUGUUACUGCAGCUUAUACCAACAUCUCCUCUGCUGCAACUGAGUUCUGGGAAUGGCGUGUACUGAACAUGUCUUCUGGUAUUGAGGAGCUGGGCACCCUGAGCUGGAAGCUUGUUUUAUGUCUUCUGUUCAGCUGGAUGUUCUGUUACUUUACUAUUUGGAAAGGCAUCAAAUCGUCUGGAAAGGUGGCAUAUUUUACAGCCACCUUCCCUUAUGUGAUGCUCUUCAUCCUGCUUAUCAGAGGUCUGACUUUGCCUGGAGCUUGGGAGGGAGUUUACUACUACCUGUAUCCAGAUAUUAACCGUCUGGCUAAUCUUGAGGUCUGGACGGAGGCAUUAUCUCAAAUCCUCUUCUCCUACAGCCUGGUUAUAGGAACUCUCAAUGCUCUGGGCAGCUACAAUCACUACAACAACAACUGUUACAAGGACUGCUUUUGGCUCUGUCUGCUGAACAAUGGGACCAGUUUUGUUGCUGGAUUUGUCGUCUUCUCCGUUCUGGGGUUCAUGGCUCAGAAACUUGAUGUUACUGUUGACAAUGUGGCUGAGUCAGUGCCUCUGUAUGCAGCUGGACAGCUAUGUUUGGCACCAGGAACCCUCAGACAGCGUUUUGAUGUCCUCUGCCACCCUGCUGAAGACCCACCUGGACCUAAAACUGAGGAAGGGGUUCAGCUGAGCUUACUUUAAAUCUCGAUUUGAUCUGAAAAUUUUGAUGUAAACUCAUAGUAAUAAUUGUGUGUCAGGAUCUGCCAGUGUUAGGUUUUUGAGUUUGUGUUUUGUUUAUUUCCUUCUUCUCAGCCAGUGCUAGUGUUUCUUUUCUAAGCCUCAUGCUUUUCUGUUCAUUCAUGUUUAUUAGAUUCCUUCUGUUUAGUUUUUGUUACUUGUGUUUAGUUUUGUUGCUUCCUGGGCUCCGGUGUUAGAGGUGUCUAGCUACAUUUCCUUUUAGAUCUGGUUUCCUUCUUGUUUAUGUUCUUUAGUUAGUUUCAUUGUUUACUGGCUUCAGUUCAUUUAGAUGUGUUUUGGUAAUUUCCUUGUACUCCCUGAUCUUCUGUGUUAAUCAGUCACUCUCCCUCAGUUCUCCUGCAUCCCUGGUCCCCAGCUGUCUCACAUUCUCCUGGUUCAUUGGUUCAUACUCCACUUCCCUCAGUAUAUUAGCUUCCUGGUUUUCAUUGUUUGUCCUGUUUACAUCCCUGAUUGCUAGACUGAAUGCUUCCCUUGUUGCUACCAGGCCCCUUUACUUUCAGUGCAGCAAACUCACUCCAGAAGUUCAGUGAGGAUCUCUGAAUGAUCCAAUGUUGUCCCAAAUGACUGA